AAAUAAGUCUGCUUGCUCACGUUCAAGCACACAGAUCGCAAUGGCCAAAAUCAAGAAAAAGGUCGAAACGACGAGAAGCGAAAAACCAACGUCCACCAACAAAUCGAAAGAUGCCGGGGACGAAAAUUUCCUCUCGCUGGACGCCGGCGCACUUGCUAAUCUAACUCGGAAUAUCGAGGCGCGAUUGAAAGAUAAAAACAGCUCCGGGAAGAAACCUGCGAAAGGAGCGAAACAACCUACACCGAAACCGAGCAAAGAAAAGGCAGACACUUCUUCGCAGAAGAACGGUACGAAUCAAAAGUCGUUCAAAGGGAAGAAGCGGGACCGCAAUGGAGAUGUGAUUGAGAAGAUAGAAGACAAGACAACGAAAAGUGGGAAAUCUAAACAGGCAGUAUCACAAGAUGAUGGCGCUGAAGAUGAAGACGAGGUUCUCAGAAAGGAAAUUCUUGCAAUGGGGGGCAGCAAAGAGGACUUUGACCUUUUAGCUGGGGUGGAGUCAGAUUCAGAACUCGAAGACUCUGCGCAAAGUUCAGGCAAAAAGAAGACUGAGCCUGACGGAGAUGCUUUGAGAAAGGAGCUCUCUAGGUUGUUGAAAGACGCUGGCCAGUAUGUCCCUGAAAUUCCUGACGAGGAAGCUGAAGAUGAGGACGUCUCUGAAGAGGCGGACGUACAAAACUCCGACUCAGAAGAUUCGAACGACGAUGAUUCAACCUCAUCGGUCAAAGAAGAUGCGCCAUCUGAAAUCAUGCCUGAAAAGCCGCAAGAAAUCACAUUCCCCAAGGAAUACUCGCGAUUGACUGUGAUGCCAAGGUCGGACUGGUAUAACACCGAGCUACCUUCAAUCCCUACAUCGAAAAUAUCAAAUGGACUCCCCAAGUUCCUGUCAGACCGAAUUCGGCGGCAGGCAACAUCAUUGCUCGAGAAGGAGAAUGAAUUAUAUACACAGAUUCAAAAAAAAUCAUCUUCGUCGUCUCACAAGUUCUACUCAACUAUCAUGACCUCGGGAACACUGAGCGACAAGAUCUCUGCACUUACGUUGGCCGUUCAAGAGUCGCCUAUCCACAGUGUAAAGUCCUUGGAAAAUCUAGUAUCAUUGUCCAAAAAGCGCAGCCGUGCUCAAGCAGUAGACGUUUUGCGAUCUCUUAAAGAUUUGUUUGCGCAAGGCACACUUCUCCCUGGCGACCGAAAACUCAAAGCUUUUGCCAACCAUACAACUCUUGUCAGCGCAUUCCAAAAAGUCGGAAACAAUUGGACCGAAAGUGAUGCCCUUCCUGGCGGUCUCCGUCCCAGCCAUUUGAUCGUGUGGGCGUUUGAAGAUUUUCUCAAGGAGCAGUAUUUUGAGGUACUGAAGGUUCUGGAGACAUGGUGCAACGACGAAAUUGAAUUCUCCCGAACCCGGGCUGUCAGUUAUGUCUACGAGCUUCUUAAAGAGAAGCCAGAGCAGGAGGCCAAUCUGUUACGUCUGUUAGUCAACAAGCUGGGUGAUCCUGGCAAGAAGAUCGCGUCGAGGGCUUCCUAUCUUCUGCUCCAACUCGGUCAGGCACAUCCACUGAUGAAACCAACUCUGAUCAAGAGUGUCGAGGAAUUUCUCUUCUGUCCCGGUCAAGGUCAGCAAGCUAAAUACUAUGCUGUGAUUACCCUAAACCAGACUAUUCUCAGCACGAAAGAAGAGGAGGUCGCCAUCCAGCUGUUGGACAUAUACUUUUCGCUUUUUGUUAUCCUCCUGAAACCCAAUGAGAAGCCAAACCAACAGCGCGGGAAGUCUGGAAAGGGCCAGAAGAAUGAUGCUGCUGCUAAAGGAGCGCAAUCUGAACCUGACGACCAGCUGAGAGAAAAACUGGUCUCGGGGAUUCUGACUGGAAUUAACAGAGCUUAUCCGUUCACCAGCUCAGACACUGACCGUGUAUCUAAACACAUCGAUACCUUAUUCCGCAUCACUCACUCUUCCAAUUUCAACACGAGUAUUCAGGCUCUCAUGCUUAUCCAGCAACUCAGUCUCACGCAUCAGCUUGAGGCGGAUCGCUUUUACCGGACACUCUACGAGUCCUUGCUCGACCCACGAAUUGCUACGUCUUCCAAACAACCACUUUAUCUCAAUCUCUUGUACAAGGCACUGAAGAACGAUCCAAGCGUAAAGCGCGUCAAGGCAUUUGUGAAGCGCAUUGUUCAGGUUUUGGGUCUCCACCAGCCAUCCUUUAUCUGCGGCGUGUUCUUUUUGAUCCGAGAAUUGGAGAAGACAUAUGCUAGCCUGACCUCGCUUGUUGACCAGCCGGAAGUGGAUGAUGAGGACGAGGAAGAAGUAUUUAAAGAUGUGGUUGAUGAGGAAGACCAGCCACCAGCGGAAGCUGUCGAGACAGAAAAUUCGAAAAAGAAAGACGGCUACGAUGCUCGCAAGAGAGACCCACAACAUAGCAAUGCCGAUAAGAGCUGCUUGUGGGAACUGAUUCCAUAUCUAGCCCAUUUCCAUCCCUCGGUUUCUGUUUCGGCAGAUCAUAUUCUUACACACGAGCCGCUGAGUGGAAAGGCUGAUUUGAGUAUACAUACUCUGACUCACUUCUUGGAUCGGUUCAUCUAUCGCAAUGGCAAGGCGUCUGGCGGCCUACGUGGAUCAUCCAUCAUGCAACCACUUGCAGGCUCUGGUAGUCACGACUUGCUGGUCAACGCUAACGGUUUGUCUGGUCGAACACAUACCGCUGAGCCGGUCAAUUCUGAAGGUUUCUGGAGUAAACGUGCAGAAGAUGUUGCCGCUGAAGACGUCUUCUUCCACGAGUACUUCAACCGGCUUGGUAAGGAUCAGAAGACCAAGAAGGACAAGAAGUCGGCCAAAGACCGUGGUCGUGGAGAUGGAGACGGAAGCGAUGAUGAGAAUGAAAUCUGGCAAGCGCUUGUGGACUCCCGACCCGAGCUUGAGGGCGACAGCGACGAUGACGACCUCGACAUGGACGAUCUCGAAUCGGCCUUUGAUGAGGAUGACGAGGAGGAUGAAGAGGACGGGGGUGUUAUCUUCAACGAUGCAUCUGACGGAUCCGACGAAGAGGCAGACGUGGAUGAAGAUGUCAAGAUGGACGAAGAGGAAGAGGUUGAAGAGGCCAAGGCAGGAUCGAAGAAACCAAAGGCUAGUGCAUCCGACGACGAAGACGAGGAUGCAUUCGACAUGGACGUCUCUGAUGAUGAGGCAUUCCGUGACAGCGACGAAGACUUGCCGUCAGAUCUGGAGUUUGGCGGAGUGGAGUUGCCCCCCUCGCCCACGGCGGAGAAGGAAGACGAAAAAAGCAGGCGGCAGAAGAAGCGCAAGCUGCGGCACUUGCCGAUGUUUGCGUCUGUGGACGAUUAUGCAUCAUUACUGGCAGACGAGGAUGAUGGACGAGUGUAGGCGAAGUAGGAGUAGCGUAUCUAGAAUAUAAUACAGGAAACAUGUACAGUUCUGGUAUGUAUCAUGUGAUAUGAGGAUAACCCUAAUCAUGCCCUGGCACGUGGCAGCCCUAUCGAGCCCUUUGACGUCAUCCCGCGGCCGCUUCCGGGGUAUGUAUUGUAUCAGUACUAUACACACAUAUACAACUGUUAUAUUAUUAGAAUCUGCAUUCCUAAGAUGGAGAGGCCAUGUCGGUAGCAGAAUAGUAUGAACCAUAUAUGCCAGUAUAAAAGAAUUGCACGCGCAACAGCGUGCAGACGGCGUCGAACUGCUUACCAUCUGCAGGGCGCGGGUCUGGCUGGAUUAAAAUCC